UGAUAAAACACAACUUUGACACUGACAGCUAACAUAACCUAUAUUAAUACUCUUUGAUCUUGAUAUCUUUUCAACGCCAUCUUGAUUGAAAUUCAAAAAUAAAAUCAAGGAUUCGAAUUAUCACUAUUGACAAUAUUCCUCUUCUUGGAUAUAUAUUGGAUUUUGUUUUUUUUCAUCCUUCAAAUUUCUGAUUCAAAAAUAAUCAAUUAUUCCACAAUGAGAAAAAAUACUGCCUUAUGCCUUCAUGAUUAUAUUUUUGGACCUGCCAUUCUUCUACAUCCGUUUCGUAUUCCUCAUUUCCUCGAUCCUCCUUCCGGCAACUAUCCUUCAUUUCGUUUCAUUCUGUAGCUGUGCUUGCGGAGCUGCAUAAUGUCGGCGCAUAAGACAUUUAAAAUCAAGCAGAAGCUUGCCAAGAAAUUGAAGCAAAAUCGGCCGAUUCCACAAUGGGUGAGAAUGCGCACUGGAAAUACCAUUAGGUACAACGCUAAGCGUAGACACUGGAGGAGAACCAAGCUGAAAUUGUAAGGUGUUUGUGGAUUAUUUGUAUUUAAAUAUGAAAUUGACUUACUUCUUUUUCAAAAAUAAACUAAGUUAAAGUAA